AUGUGCUCCAAAAAGAGUGUGCAGAUCAGAGGCUGUAUUUAUCCAAAUCAAACAUACGCAGAAAUAUUAAAGACUCUAAACGUCGACGUGGAUCAUUUACCUAAACUGGAAUUGUCAGAACUUCUUGCAUCUCCGCCAUUGCAAGGUUCUUUCUUCAAUGGACUUAAGAUCACUAAUCUUGAAUUAAGUUAUACAGAAGAGACCCUGAUAAAAUCUCGGGUGCCAGAUGACGUUACCAAUUAUGUUUCGACUCUAAAAGAAUUUUACUUGAUCGGUGCUGUACUUCCUACAUUACCAAACAACUCUGCACUGGAAACUAUGACCCUGGAUAGUGGCAGAUCCCGAAACGCGCUUGGCGGCUGCAGCCAUCUCCGGCAACUAACGCUCAUUAACUGGCAUGUACACAGCUCACACAUGGAAGGAGGCUGGAUUUCCUCCUGCCAUAAUCUAACUGAACUUGUGUUACAUGCUCCGUCUAUUGAUACUGCUUUUCGAGUGUUAACCAAUGCUACCAGUCUUCUUAAACUUGAAUUAUCUAAACUGCCAAGGAAUGUAUAUGAUAUUAAAAUUUCCAUCACAAACGCAUUAUACUUGGAAAGCAUCAAGAUUCAUAAAUCCCCUAUAUAUCGUGUCGUAUUAGACAAAGAUCUUCCGUUAUUAGCUGAUAUAGAUUUCUCUGACAACGAUUUGUGGAACCCUGCUCAUAUACGUUCGAUGUUGAUACAUGUACGGCUUCUCACAAAUGCCACUUUAUCUAAUAAUCCUAGAUUGGACCUAUGUGAAGCACAAGCAAUGUAUGAUGACCCUUGGGAUUUAGAGAUGCCUAAUUUAAAAAGACUAGUAGCGACCCGUACCGCAACCACUAGUAUGUGUUUUCAAAACUUACAAGCCCUAUCACUUGUACUUCUUGACUUCUCAAGUUGCAACAUCAGCGCAUUAGAUUUCACAACGUUGCCGACUAUCAACAGUAGCCAACUAGAACUUCGUUUAAACCACAACGCUAUUGAACAAGUCUCGUUUGAGCAUGCUGAUUACAACCAACUACUACAGACCGAAAUCACGACUCACCCACGAGAGUUGAGUCUGUAUGAACUACAUCUACAGGGUAACCAUAUCAAGAAUUUCACCGCCAACGACCUACCUGACAAGCUUAACUUCCUUGACUUAAGUUCCAAUCGCAUUUCUUACAUCGACAACGAAACAGCAACUGCAUUGUUCUCAUCAAAAGAGAGACGUAUAAAGCUAGCUGGUAAUAGCAUCGUGUGUGACUGCCAGAACCAGGCUUUUCUUACCAUUCUGAAAGAACAUAAAGAUCAGGUGGAUGACUACGACGAACUCGUCUGCAAAGAAGACGGAAAUUUAAUAAGCAACGUUACUGUUUCCACGCUCUGUGUCGUUGAGACUCAACCACAGUCGAUACUUGUCAGGAUCUUACUGCCAGCCUUACUCGCUGUUAUAGGCUUGACAGUCUUAGCUAUUGCUGUAUAUUUCCGAUAUGGAAAAGCCAUUAAGAUCUUCUUGUAUGCAAGAGGUUUGUGUCUCUGUUGCUUGAAGGAAGAGGAGCUCGACGCGAAUCGUCCAUUUGACGUUUUCAUCUCUUUCUCUCACGACGAUGAGGAUUACGUGUUGAAUGAGUUUCUGCAGGUGCUAGAAAAGGAACACUAUAAAACGUGUGUUCACAAUCGGGAUUGGAUCAUUGGCGAGUGGAUCCCGAAGCAAAUUUCAGUGUCGAUAGAAAUCUCGCGGCGUACGUUGAUAGUUUUGUCUAGGAAUUUCGUGAAGUCCGUGUGGGGGAUGCUGGAGUUCCGCAUGGCACACGCGAGUAUGCUGAACGAGGGCCGGGCGAGGUUGAUCGUUGUUGUUUUGGAUGAUAUUGUGAAGGAGGAGCAUCUAGACCCUGAGCUGAAGAAUUAUCUUCGGACCAACACGUACUUGGAGACUAGCGAUCCAUGGUUCUGGGACAAGCUGCGGUUCGCGUUGCCGCGACGGGGACACUCCCGACCAGAGACGAGUCACGAAAUGCCAGUAGAUGUUUCUAAUGAUUUUGGACCAUAUGGAGCUGCUAUGCCUGUUGUCCAGAGGAAUUUUGAUGACUCUAUAGUGUAAUUUAUUAUGUGUCUUCAGCAUUAAGUGAAUUUUAAGGAAUGAAGUGUUUCUAGUUCAUAUCGAAACCAAAGAUUUUAAUACCGAAAUAUUUUAUUCUGAUUAUGAAUAAUAAAUUGAGAUACUAAUGAUCUAUAAUUAAUUUAGGACUUAUUUAAAUCUAAGUCCAAUAG